CGCCCGCGGUUCGUCGGAGAACGCGAGGUUUUUCUUGGAAAGGAGUACGCGACUGGAAGUCACUGAUGCCGCGCCACUAGCUGCCUGUGCCUGUUGUCGAAGAAGUCGGGAUGGCGAUCACAAAAUGUCUGAUCGUUGUGAUACUCCUGAUGUUGGAAAUCGAUCGAAUUACCCAAGGACAGCUGGUUCGACUAGAUCGAAAUCAUCCCGACGUGGCUGUGGUGUCGGUAGGUGAGAAGCUGAUCUUACGAUGCUCGUCGAACGGAGACGCGGAAACAACAUGGUACAAAGGAGACGAGAUCUUCCGACCUGUAUUGCCGAGGAUACGUUUAACGAAACGAUGGUUGAGAUUCAAGUACGUGGAGCCAGAAGACGCCGGUUUGUACAGUUGUCUGGAUAAGUCGAACGAGACGCUUGAAUGGAGAAACGUGACGAUACAAAUCGAGCCGUUGCAGAACGAUGGAUACCAACACGAUACCGAGAGGCUCGGAAGCGCCUUAGGGGCGCACAGAGCCGAGGAUGAGACGAACGAAUUGGAAAUUGAAACGAGAAAUCUGCCAGAGACGCGAUCGUUGCACCUCGACAGCGAGAACGCGGAGGCCGAUCUGGACAACGAGAAGAACGAGAAUGAAACAGCUGGUGAGCACAAUAACACAGCUCCUGUACGACCACCAUCCUUCAACAAGAGCGUAGAAAUGCCGCACGUGGUGGUGAAACCAGCUGGCAAUAUGUUGCGCUUAAGAUGUCCAAGUUUUGGCAAUCCAAGGCCGAAUAUCACCUGGUUCAAGAACAACGAAACCCCGAAAAGAAUGCUUGGCACUGUUGUCAUGUCGAAAUGGACAUUCAGAUUAGAGGAUCUGGUACCUGAAGACAGUGGAAACUACACUUGCGUUGUGUGCAACAAUCUCGGAUGCAUCAAUCGCACGUCUAAAGUUGAAAUUGUCGAGAGCGUGAAACACCGGCCGAUACUGACCAUGCCGCCAAGAAACACGACCGUUCUGAUAGGAGGCAACGUUACUAUGACCUGCAAGGUUCUCUCGGACGCGCACCGCCAUCUUGAAUGGUAUCACGGUUAUCACACCUCUUUCGACACUGUCAACAAAACCAAUCAAAGUUUCCGGGUGGAGGUAAAGGCUGAAGGACCGGAAAAUCCGGAAGUGCUGAAGCUGUACAACGUGACGGAGAAAGACGAAGGAUGGUACACCUGUAUCGCGCAGAACGCUUUAGGGGAAACCUUUAGCAGCGCCUAUCUUCGCGUAGUCGAAUCGUUGGAAGACCACGGAAUACCGCUGACAGCGAAGCCGCAGAUCCUCGUGAACGUUCUCGCCGCCGUUCUGUUCAUCUUCUUCGCCGUGGGCGUGGUGGUUGUAAUAUACAUUUUCCAUCGCUUGAAACGCGAGAAGAUGAAGAAACUGCUGGCCAUCGAGACUGCCCGUGCAGCGGUCGUCACACAGUGGACGAAAAAAGUGAUCGUCGAGAAACAGAACCUGGUGAACGCGCAGAACGUACAGGAGCCGUUGCUGAUGCCCGUGGUUAAGAUCGAGAAGCAGAAAUCAACGGUCGCGGCGGAGGACAGUAACGGUGGAAGUAUCUCUGAGUACGAGCUUCCGGUGGACAGUGCAUGGGAAUUGCCGAGGGAACAUUUGACACUUGGCAAUACACUCGGCGAAGGAGCGUUUGGAAAAGUUGUCAGGGCGCAAACGAACACGGGGAAACCGGGGAUUCCCAGCGUGGUCGCGGUAAAGAUGCUGAAAGAGGGUCACACCGACGCAGAAAUGAUGGAUCUGGUGUCCGAGAUGGAGAUGAUGAAGAUGAUCGGCAAGCACGUGAACAUAAUCAACUUGUUAGGCGCGUGUACACAAGGAGGGCCGUUAUACGUCGUGGUGGAAUUCGCUCCACACGGAAAUCUGCGUGACUUUCUGCGUGAUCACAGACCGUCAUCUGGAUACGAGCCAACGAUCGGGCAAGAGCCGAAAGAGAAGAAAACGCUGACGCAGAAGGACCUGGUGUCGUUCGCCUAUCAAGUGGCCAGGGGGAUGGAAUAUUUGGCUAGCAGAAGAUGCAUUCACAGGGAUCUGGCGGCCAGGAAUGUUCUGGUCAGCGAUGAAUACGUUUUGAAGAUCGCUGAUUUUGGACUGGCCAGAGAUAUACACUGUCACGACUACUAUAGGAAAACCACAGACGGUAGACUUCCGGUGAAAUGGAUGGCGCCAGAGGCUCUGUUUCAUCGGAUCUACACCACUCAGUCCGACGUAUGGUCGUACGGGAUUCUGUUGUGGGAGAUCAUGACACUGGGUGGUACACCUUAUCCGUCCGUACCAUCCGUAGAAAAAUUGUUCCAGUUGCUGAGAACCGGGCAUCGAAUGGAGAAACCACCGUGUUGUUCCAUCGAAAUAUACAUGUUAAUGAGGGACUGCUGGAGUUACCAGCCCAACGAACGACCUAUGUUUGGGGAACUGGUCGAAGAUCUCGAUAGGAUACUAACGAUAACUGCGAACGAGGAAUACUUGGACCUUGGCCUGCCGCAGCUGGACACGCCGCCCUCCAGCCAAGAGUCCAGCGAAGCCGAAGACGACGAAGGUGAAGAGAGGUUCCCUUAUCUACUAUGAGAAUCCCGCGAACGAUCGGUUUUCACCGAAGACUUUGUACAACUUCCACGAAAAAAAGGAAACUUAAAGAAGGAACAACGAACGAAGAUAAAAGAAGAAGAAGAAAAAGAGGAAGGUGAUGAUGAAGAUUAGUCGAAGUCGAACGAAGAUAAGAAAGAAGAUAGAUGUGAACGGAAGUCGAUCGACUGACCUAGCGAACACGCCAAAUAAUAAUAUAAAUCAGUAUUGACCUGUUUAGCGCGUAUUCCGUAGAGUUAAGAAAGAAGAAGAAGAAGAAAAAGGAAGAAGAUAAGGAAUAAAAUCGAUCAAGGAAGAGAAAAACUCCGGCCUUCAAUGGAGACUGAUUUUCUUACUAGAGGAACAAUGUAUUUAUUUUUCCUGUUAUCCUUACAUCCUGGGGGGAUAUAUCGAGUCCGACCGUAAUACGAUCGUUAUGAAACGAUCUUUUGUUAAAUAAUGUAAACGAGUUAAAUUGCGCUCGUACCGGCGAAACGAGAUUCUCGAAUGUUACUCAGGUUUUGCGUACGUUUUAACGAAGACU